CGGAGAGUAAAUUCCAGGGUGGAUCAUCAUGGGUGGAUCACCAACUGACGUCUCUAUUCAGUUUCAGUCAAAUCAUCGCAAUCUGGCAGACAGAGCAGAUACAUGCGUCUUCUAACAAGAGACACGCCAGCACCUUGUGUGGUGCUCUUGUAAGUUUCGGAAAAUACUAGAACAUCUGUGGGACGUCUUCUAACCGAAAUUAGAUAACGUAUCGGCGAACGAACACCCCGAAAAAACACAAAAAUGGACGAAAAGCCGUUUACGAAAGAACUUGAUCAGUGGAUCGAGCAGCUUAACGACUGCAAGCAGCUGUCGGAGGGACAGGUGAAAACAUUAUGUGAAAAGGCAAAAGAGAUAUUGACCAAGGAGUCGAACGUUCAAGAGGUGAGAUGUCCGGUAACGGUGUGUGGCGACGUGCACGGCCAGUUCCACGACCUCAUGGAACUGUUCAAGAUCGGAGGGAAAUCUCCAGACACAAACUAUUUGUUCAUGGGAGACUACGUUGACAGAGGGUACUACUCCGUAGAAACCGUUUCUUUAUUAGUUUCACUUAAGGUACGCUACCGGGAGCGCAUCACAAUCCUCCGAGGGAACCACGAGAGCCGACAGAUCACACAAGUUUACGGCUUCUAUGAUGAAUGCCUAAGAAAAUAUGGCAACGCCAAUGUUUGGAAGUACUUCACCGACCUGUUCGACUAUCUCCCCCUUACGGCCUUGGUAGACUCUCAGAUAUUCUGCCUUCAUGGAGGCCUGUCACCGUCUAUAGAUACUUUGGAUCACAUCAGAGCACUGGACCGUUUACAGGAAGUGCCGCAUGAGGGUCCCAUGUGUGACCUGCUGUGGUCGGACCCCGACGACCGCGGUGGCUGGGGCAUCUCCCCUCGAGGGGCCGGCUACACUUUUGGCCAGGACAUCUCUGAGACUUUCAACCAUGCCAACCGCCUCACGCUGGUGUCCCGUGCCCACCAGCUGGUUAUGGAGGGUUACAACUGGUGCCAUGAGAGGAAUGUGGUGACAAUAUUUAGUGCUCCCAACUACUGCUACCGCUGUGGCAACCAGGCAGCUAUCAUGGAACUAGACGACACCCUCAAAUACUCAUUUUUGCAGUUUGAUCCUGCACCUCGCAGAGGGGAGCCUCACGUCACUCGCCGCACCCCAGAUUACUUCCUGUAAAUUCUGACCUUUGACCCUUGUACAGUCAGGCCCAGUAUUGCCAUUAUGUAUGACAUUCAACCGAUAACAUGAAUGGGGGGGAGGGGGCAGGGGGCUACACAGCAGUGCACAUUGUAUAUCCACACAAAGAUCUAUUUAAGCAUUUAGCAAACAAGAAAUGUCUGUCUUUGAAUGGACCCAAAGGUGUGUUCCAUAUGUGUAACAAUAUUCAUUGCUGAGGACUUGUAUUGAAAAUCUCCCCCGCUAUGUAAAACGGUGACGUUUAAAUUCCUCAUUCUGUUCCUGGUGCAGCUGGACCAAAUGCACCAAGGUCAAGGCGAAAAUUUGCUACGUCAAAUGCGGCUGUUUGAACUCUACAUGCGAUGGCCUUUAUUUAGGAGAUCUGAACGUGAUCUAUUUGCACUAUUGUAAAUCUAAACAAAUGUAACAUAUGUGAAAAGAUGAAUAUUAUUUCACACUACAGAUGCUUUUUUUUUUUUUUUUUUUUUUAAUAAAAAAAGAUACAAAUAAAACCCAGAUCAGGCAAGUUUUACACAA